GGGACCGGCUCCGGGGUUCUUUAAGCACAAGCCAAGCUCAAAAGAGUUGCAAGGAACUAUCUAUAUCUUGUCUGUGAGAAAAAGGAUCUGUCUGUAUUCCUCCGUAUUUCGAGAAUAGAUCUUGGUUGUUUGUACUCAGGUCGUGUUAUUCGACAUACAUCAGCAUGGCUGCCAUUCCUCCUCCCGGAGUAUACGUCCCCUCCCCGACGUUCUUCAAGCCUCUCGCUGCCGGAUCCCACCAAGCAGAGGUAGACGUUGAGGUGCAAGCGAAGCACACCAUUUUCCUGGCCCAAAAUGGCGUUCGCGGGCUCGUUAUCCUCGGCUCUACAGGAGAAGCUAUCCAUCUUUCUCGGACUGAGCGCAAGAGUCUCAUGUCUGGAGUACGCAAAGGUCUCGACAGUGCAGGCUUUCCAGAUUACCCUAUCAUGGCUGGUAUCCUGGUCAAUGCUGUAGAUGAAGCGCUGGAGUGGAUUCAGGAUGCGAAAGAUGCCGGUGCUCAAUGGGGCUUGGUGUUGGCACCCGGCUACUUCGGCGGUGCGGCUUCGCAGGAGGGCUUGAUUGAGUGGUAUACGAUUGUUGCGAAUAAAAGUGCACUUCCGAUAUUGAUAUACAACUACCCCGGGGUAACCAACAACUUGGUCGUGUCCCCGGAGACGUACGAACGCCUAGCCCAGCACCCAAACAUUGUCGGCUGCAAGAUGUCCCACGGCAACGUCUCCCACCACGUCCAAGUCUCCACCUCUCCCAGCAUCGACCACUCCAAAUUCCGCGUCUACAGCGGCUUCGGCCAACAACUCGGUCCCAUCGUGGUAUUCAACGCAGCCGGAGUAAUCGACGGGCUCGCCUCCUUCUUCCCCACUUUGGUGGUUCGGCUGUUUGAACUGGCCAGCAAGCGACCGCUUGACGACAAGACGCUCAAGGAGGCUAUGGAUUUGCAGUACCGGGUCAGCCGGGCCGAGGAGUUUAUUGGAAAGUGGGGGAUUCUGGGAAUUAGGGAGGGGGUUUAUCGCGCGGUAGGUUUGGGCACGUUGGAGGGUGGACGGGCGCCGCUUAGGGGUAAGAUUCCGGAAGGGGAGUGGGAGAAGUGGGGGGAGGUUAUGGGAAAUAUGAAGUUGUAGGUUGAGAGAGAGCCAUCGUAACAGAUAUGUUUUCGUUUUUGUCUUGUUAUUUUGGUAUAUGUGAGGUAUUCCCUUAUUUGUAUGCAAUACUGUGUGUUAGGU